AUUCUAUGCCCGAAAGGCUUCAGGACGUGAUAGACGUCGAGGGACAGCUGAUUGGAGAUUUUAGGGCGAAAACCUAGAAUCUGUUAGAUAUAGAGAAUUAGAGAUUUUAAGCGUUCUAGAUAGCAUCAUUUAUAUUUAACAGUGUUUGAACUUAUGUUGGUUGAGAUAUUUGGGUUGAAACCAUCAAUAUAUGCGGUUUGGUAUGGUGAUGCCGCACAUCACUAUCCAGAAAGUCAUCUCGAUCGUUGGAUUGGCCAUCAGUGUCGCGACAACAAACGUCGACGCGCACUAUUUUGCUUUCAUCUUAUUUGUCGGAUCUACCUAUGGUGUUAGCAAUAUCAGCCUUGCCUGGACGGCCUCUGUAAUUGGACACACGGAUGAGAAGAGAUCUGUUGGACUGGCUCUCGUCAACAGUAUCGGGAAUAUUGCGUUUGUUUAUACGCCGUACUUGUGGCCAGAGUCCGACAAACCGCAGUUUGUGAUGGCUAUGUCAUCUAGUCUUGCGUUUUCCGCUGCCGUUAUCGUUGUUGUCUGGAUCGUGAGGUGGAAUCUGCAGCGGGAGAAUAAAAGGAUUAAGGCAUCAGAGACUGAGGCAGUGAACCUCUCCAUCUAUUAGUUAGGCGAUAUAGAGUAAUUGGCAGGGCAAACCCCUAGUUGAAUUGACAUGGGCUCUAUAUGUUAGCCGCUGUUGACUUUCAUGAUAAUGACUGGAUAUUUCAAGCGUAUUUCGGACUGGAGGGAGUGGUUCAGAACUAGAAGGGUGAGGGAUAAGA